UUCUGUGAGGAUAGCACGCAGGGGCGUAGGCGACUCCACCGGGGCCGCACACCUUCCGUCUGGGGACCCUUCGGGUCCCGCGGGGCGACACACCCGGCACCCGCGAGGAGGAGGGCGCGGGAAGGGGCGGGCCUUCGGCUGGGCUGGGAGGAGCGCGGAGCAGCGUGGGGAGCGUGGCAGCUAGGGGUUGUAGGCCAGGGCGCGCAGCCGGGCGUCUGCCCCGGAGUCCAUCCCGCAGGCCGGGCACCACGAGCGGACGUGCACGGCAGGCGGAACGCAGGCGGCGCCGGGGGCAGCCGGGCGAGCGCCGGAGCUUCGGAGGCGCCGUACUGGAGGCGGAACAGGAAGGCACGGGCGGCACCGCAGCUUCGCCCGGAGCGGAGGGGGGAGGGGGGGUCUUCCUCGGCUUCCCCCUGGGGGUGUCCUCCCUCCCCCCGCCCCAGGCUCCUGCAGAGGACACGUGUCAGCACGUUCCCGCCGUUGUCGUCUCAUCCCAUGUCAUAGCCCCUCCCCCAGGCCUGGGACACCCCCCCCUCCGGGCCCCAUUAUCCCCAGGCCCAACCCCCUAGGCUGACCUGCGGGCCCAGCCGGGUGCCUCUACUCGACUGGUGGGUCUCCUCGGGCAGCGAGCAUACCGGCCCGGCCCCCCGCCGAAGACACUCGUCAGCACGUUCUUACCCCGGUCGCUCUUCCCUCGGCCUAGCUCCACCCCGGGCCUGGGAACCCUGGUCUCCUCUGGCCCAUUGUCCCUGGGCCCAGCUCCGCGCUGACCGCAGGCUCGGCCCUAGCCCGUGACCCGCGCGUCUCCCCCGGCAACGCGCCGCCACCCGGAUGCAGCCAGCAGGCUGGGCGGCCGUCAGGGAGGCGGUGGGCCGCGACAUGCUGGCCGCUGACCUCCGUUGCAGCCUCUUCGCCUCGGCGCUGCAGAGCUACAAGCGCGACUCAGUGCUGCGGCCCUUCCCUACGUCCUAUGCCCGCCACGACUGCAAGGACUUUGAGGCCCUGCUUGCAGAUGCCAGCAAGCUACCCAACCUGAAAGAACUUCUCCAGUCCUCCGGAGACAAAGACAAACGUGCCAGGGAUCUGGUGAGCUGGAUUUUAUCCUCAAAGGUCCUGACAAUCCACAGUGCAGGGAAGUCAGAGUUCGAAAAGAUCCAAAAGCUGACCGGUGCCCCUCACACGCCUGUCCCCGUGCCGGACUUCCUGUUUGAAAUUGAGUACUCCAACCCAGCGAACGCCAAAUUUUAUGAGACCAAAGGAGAACGAGACCUAAUCUACGCCUUCCACGGGAGCCGCCUCGAAAACUUCCAUUCCAUCAUCCACAAUGGGCUGCAUUGCCACCUGAACAAGACAUCCUUGUUUGGGGAAGGGACCUACCUCACCAGUGACUUGAGCCUGGCCCUCAUUUAUAGCCCCCAUGGCCUUGGAUGGCAGCACAGCCUCCUUGGCCCCAUCCUCAGCUGUGUGGCUGUGUGUGAAGUCAUUGAUCAUCCAGAUGUCAAGUGCCAAAUGAAGAAGAAGGAUUCUAAGGAGAUAGAUCGCAGGAGAGCAAGAAUCAAACAUAGUGAAGGCGGAGACAUCCCUCCAAAGUACUUUGUGGUCACCAAUAACCAGCUUCUGCGAGUGAAGUACCUGCUGGUGUACUCCCAGAAGCAGCCCAAGAGCAGGGCUUCAAGCCAGCUGUCCUGGUUUUCCAGCCAUUGGUUUACGGUCAUGAUAUCCCUGUAUCUGCUGCUGCUGCUCAUUGUGAGUGCCAUCAACUCCUCAGCUUUCCAACACUUCUGGAAUCGUGCAAAGAGAUAAUCUCUCUGGUGUGGGGGCCACCUCGACCAUGUGCCUUAUGACAACCUGUUCUGUACCUCCCAUGCGCCGCGUCCAAUCAGGUGGAGCCUGGGGGCCAGUUGGGGACCACAGGACAAUUAUCAUAUGCCAUAAAUGUAUUGAUUGCCUUU